UUAAUUUUAUCUUAUUUUCAGAUUGAUAUAUAAUCAAACAGAAAAUAUGCCAAGUAAACAGUAUAUUCUUUCUAUUAUAAGAAACACUUUAUCUGAACAGGAAACACCUCAGAUGACAUGUGUCAUGCCUUUACCACCAGAUUCAAGGAAACAUAUAUCUAGAGAUUGCCAAGAAAUACUUGAAGCAGGCUACAAUAAGAGUGGAAUUUAUAGAAUCCAACCAGAAUUUGCAGUUCGGCCAUUUUUUGUAUAUUGUGAUAUGGAAACUGAAGGUGGUGGAUGGACAGUAUUUCAAAGAAGAAGUGAUGGAAGUGUGGAUUUUUUGAGAAAUUGGAUAGACUAUAAACAUGGAUUUGGAAAUACUGAAGGAGAAUAUUGGCUUGGUAAUGAUAAUCUUCAUCUUCUCACAAAUCAAGAUUUAUAUGAAUUGAGAAUCGAUUUGUAUGAUUUUGAUGAUGGAAAAGCUUAUGCAAAAUACAGUGCAUUUGCAAUUGGGAGUGAAAAAGAAAAUUACAUGUUAAAAAUAUUAGGAAAAUUUACUUCUGGAGAUGCAGGAGACGGAAUGAGUUAUCAUGUUUCAAUGGAGUUUUCAACUCUGGAUGCUGACAAUGACAAGUGGGUUGGAGGAAGCUGUGCAAAAGAUCAUAAAGGUGGAUGGUGGUAUAAUCAAUGUGAUGCAAGUAACCUAAAUGGUCAAUAUCUUGGUGGUUUAACUCAACAAGAAUACCAAGGUAUUUAUUGGUAUGAAUGGCAAGGCCCAAGUUAUUCUCUUCGUGCAACUGAGAUGAAAAUAAAACCAGUCAGACACUGACACAAAUUAAUAUACAAUAAAAAGCAUUCAAUUUCAAAUGAACAAGUGUCUCAAUUUUAAUCAUAUUCUAAAAAUUGCUAUUGUAAAACUACAAAUUCUUUUCUAAGCAUUUAUAUGUAAGUAAAUAAUCAAUACAUACCUAUU